AUGGAAUAUACUUGUAUUAUUUAUUUACUUGUAUAUCUCCUAAAUCACACAUAUCACGGAAUAAAAGCAUAUAUUUGCAAUCCUAGCCCAAAUUCCAUCGCAUUUCUCGGAAAUUAUAGAUGCAAUUAUGAAAAAUACUACAAAUAUAUCGCAAAAAACAAUUCACUUGCGCCUAUUUUUAGUCAGGAUGUCAAAGUCGAUGAAUCGGAAGCCGGUUCCGAUGAAACCAUUAGGAAGAUUCGGUUUUUACGAACUUCCACAGGUAGAGGAACUCAAGAUUGUUAUAUGGCUCUGAAGAAUGCUAAAGGAGAUGUUCGUAUUGCUGCAGAAUUGUUGUUAUCUGAGCUCAAGACCGAUGAAUCUAGAAAAGAAUCUGCAUCAAGUCCAAUUGUAGAUUUACUCGAUGGUAGGAUAGCAAUAAAAACAACGGAUAAACUAGCGACUGUCAUUGAUAUAAGAUGUGAAACAGAUUUUGUCGCAAAAAGUAAAACAUUCGCUAGUUUAGCAAAAUCACUUGUUAAUGCUAUACACGAGACAAAAUUGGAGAAUCUACUCUCAUCUAAUGAACCAAAAUGUUUCGAGGAUUUCAUCUCUUCUGUAAUGAACAAGAGAUGUUUACGUUGUAACAACACUCUUAAAGAAUCUGGAAUGUUUACUAAAGGCGUUCUUAAGGAGGAUCUGGUAAUAUCAAGAAUAGGAUUUAUAAGACCUAAAGGUAACGAAUUAUUGUUUUCCUAUAUUCAUGGGCCAACUGAAUCCGAGGGAGCACUGUCACUAGUAGGUACUUCUUCAUCUGUCCUGGUAAUAAGUGCUAAGGAUAACUCUGGUACUAACAAAAUAGGAGAUGAAUUCUAUAAUCGCAUAGUAAAUGAUACCGUCUCAUCUGAAAACAAUUGUUGUGUUUCCAGUAGGGCAUGUGUAUAUUCUACAGAUGAAAUAUUAUCAAACGUUGAUUCAUCCGAAGACGAAGAGUAUAACAAGGUUAAAAAAUUAUGCAAGCAGCUAUCUAUGCACGUCAUGGCUGAAAAGCCAAAGGCUUUGACUCUUGAAGAAUAUGAUAAAGAGGCCGUGGAACAGUUUAUAAAGGAAGUUAGAGAAACGAUAAAGGGUGAUAAGCCACAGGAGAUUGUAGAUAAAAUCGUCGCUGGUAGAGUUAAGAAGCAGUUUGGGGAAGUCAUACUUACAGAACAGGUAUAA